UGAUAAUUAAACGUGUGGACCCCAGGAGGGUAAACACAACAUCCGUGCUAGACUGACUGGACCAGGCCUCCGUAACCAGGAAAGACACAAGACCGGCGCUCUCCGCAUGGGUUUCCUAUUAUGGGGCACGUUGUUUUCUGGAUCACUUCGAAAUCCUCAAAUUUCUGAUGCCUCGAGCAAUUCACCUCCAAUUUCCUGGGCCUGAAGUGCCUUGCCUUGUAUUUUUUUCUGCGGCCUUUGACAGGUUCAGGUCGCAUAUAAAAUUCUCCUUGUCAUCGUGGUUCUUUCCUCACCAGCUGUCCUUCAGCCUGGUGUCGUAAGCACGGGUCUUUCUCUCUGACUAUGGUCGCGUUGAUCUUCGUCUUGUCGGCCCUCUCUUUGGUGUCUGCUACUCCGUUUCCAGGUAGCAGUCAUAACAGUAUCUUCGUGAAACCCAGUCGAGACAUCCUCUGCAUAUUAUUGCCCUGGCUAUGUCCUCGGGAUACCCAAAUCACCACAGAGGUCGAGACAAGUAUUGGCACCGCCAAAGGGGUUGCUAAUGGCACAGCGGUCAGGUUCCCCGUCAAGUACGCCUCCGCAGAGAGAUGGCAAGAUUCCGCAGUCGCCUCAGAGUGGGAGCUUCCCAAUAACUCUUCAGACGUGACCGCAAUGCCUUUGGCUUGCCCGCAGUCGGAUCUGGACUCAUCGGAAUAUGCAGAGGACUGUUUGUCCAUGGUCCUCUACGUGCCUGCUACGCUCACCGUAUCUGAUAAUGUUCCUACACUUACGUGGGUGCAUGGAGGAUCAUUCAUUACAGGGUCUGCCAGUGAUGAAGGAUUAGACGGUUCGAACCUUGCUUCCACAACGAAUUCCAUUGUUGCUGUGAUCCAAUACCGCCUUGGAGGUCUCGGGUUUAUGGCCCCUAACGGGAGCGUGAACCUGGCGGUCAAGGAUGUCAUCAACGCAAUAAAGUUUUUGCAAACGAUCCUACCGUCCUUUGGCGGUGACACGUCCAAGAUCACGUUGGCCGGUCAAAGCAGCGGUGCCAGUAUGAUUCGCGCUUUGCUGGCCGUUCCAUCAGCGUCAUCUUUGUUCCAGUCUGCUAUUUUGCAGUCAGACCCGAUGAACUUCGGUUUUUUGAAUACGUCCACACAGGAGACCAUGCAGAGCUAUUUCAACGGACUUAUUUCUUGUGGGGCUUCGGACACGACCUGCUGGGAUGCCCUCUCCUUGGAUGAUAUUCUCAAUGCCCAAUCAACCCUAUUUAGCGACGCUGCCUCCCUCGACGCAUCAACGGGAACCGCAGAACCUAUCCGGCCUGUUCGCGACGGCACCCUGAUUACGUCCCCGCUCGACUCCACUGCCGCCUUCCCGUCAGUGAGCAAACCCAUCCUUAUUACCUCCGUACUCAACGAAGCCGGGCUCACCAUCUACGGCUCCUUUACCGUCGAGCUCGCUGCUGUAUACUUUGAAGCCGUCGCUGAUGAAUUUCUGGGAGACGAGCGCGCGGAGGUUAUAGCAAAUUCGACUUUUUAUACCGCAACGGACGAGGACGACGAUACGCGAAUUAGGCUGGAAAGACUCGGGACGGAUUGGAUGUGGAAAUGCGCGAUAUGGACAUUCGCAAGGAACUGGGUUAGUAAUGGAGGUGCGGCGUAUGUCGGCCUGUAUACGGUUGGAGCAUCGUACCCUUUGAACACUUACGUCGACUUCUGCCAUGAAGAAGGGAAGGUGUGCCACCGUGACGAUAUCGAGAUAGUGUUCGGGACGGUGUCCAACCCUUCUUCAACCCAAUCUGAACUUAUUUCAGAGAUGCAGCAACGAUAUAAAGCAUUCUUGCACUCUGGCAACCCUAAUGUUGACGGUCUCACUACUUGGACCGCGUCUGGCACCUCCGAGAUGAAUGCGCUUCAGCUCGGAGAGUCAGGCGAGUUCGAGAUCGGUGCUUGUAUCCCGUCUUUCUGGGGCGAAGCUGUCGAAUACGAUUAUCAAGUCUACGGGAUCUAAUCUUACCCCAAGACGACUCAUUUAGAGGACUUUGCAACGUGCUUUUUGUUCCACUUAUCACGCAACUUCAAAGCUCAUUGUCAUUCGCAUUGAUAUCGAUUUUCUCAGCAUUCACAUUAUUAACUAAUUGUCCAAAGUUAUCCAUCCUUACGACAAUAUUUGUAUCUUACGACGCUUUCCUCCUUUGUGAUAUCAUCGGCAUGUGUAUCAAUUGGUUUACCAACGCUUUCGGUUCGUCACAAGUAGUCCUCAUAUAGCAAACCUCGUUGUCGUCUUGACUGUAAAUAAGUACCUUUAUCUGCGUUUCCUUGGCCCC